CAACAAGUAAAUUUUUGACACGAACGCUAGACCUGGAUCCAAUAUUUCAAUGUUUGUAGUCAGUUUUUUAUAAUUAGAUUAUAUUUAUUAUAAUUGCCAAUUAAAAAUUUUUACUGUUUAUUCUCAAACGUAUUUACGUAACAUGGCAGCUCAAGUAGAGAACCAGGAAUUGGAUUUAUUAGAUAUGGAAAAAUACUACGAAAAUUACAUUCUUAUUGAUAUUGGUGCUAAUCUCACAAAUAAAAAGUAUAGUAGGGAUUUAGAUUCAGUUAUACAAAGAGCUAAAGAUUCAGGUGUUAGAAAAAUUAUGGUAACUGGAACUUCCGUAAAAGCAAGCAAAGAGGCUCUUAGAUUAACCAGAAUAUAUCCAGAUACCUUAUACUCUACAGCAGGUAUACACCCUCAUGAUGCAAAAUCUUAUACAGACGAAUCAUGGGAUGAGUUAAGGCAUAUAGCAAACAAUACAGAGUGUGUAGCAAUUGGAGAAUGUGGAUUAGACUACAACAGAAAUUUUUCGGAUCCAGAAGAUCAAAAACUAGUGUUCAGAAAGCAUGUCGAAUUAGCCAUUGAAACGAACAAACCAAUAUUUGUACACGAACGAGACGCCCAUGAAGAUCUACUGAAGGUUCUAGACGAAUACAGUGCUAAGUUACCCCCUGUUGUGAUACAUUGUUUUACAGGUACUCAAGAGCAAGCUCUAGCAUAUCUUGAUAAAGGGUUUUACAUAGGACUAACAGGAUACUUAUGUAAAGAUAAAUCAGACGCUGGAGUGCGGAAGCUUCUGGAAUCAGGAUCUUUACCUCUAGAUAGGUUGGUUGUUGAAACAGACUCCCCAUUUAUGUAUCCCAAUACUCGUGCCUCAAAAUUACCAGAUCAAGUUAAGGAUAGUUUAACAGAAAGAUCGAUGAUGUUUCUGCACCGUUAUUGUACAUUUCAACGAAACGAACCUUGCUCAUUACCCGCCAUUGUCGAAAUGAUAGCAGCUUUUAUGAAAAAGAAACCGGAAGAGGUAGCGUUAGCGACAUCUUUUAAUUCUAUGAAAUUGUUCGGUUUAUCGUAAUUGUUGACAAAGGCAGAUAUAAAAAGAUGAUAUAAUGUCCGAAAGGACAAUAUAGGUCGAGGUUUAUGUCGUGCUGAUGAUUUUUUAUAUUCAGCCCUAUUUCAAAACAUAUUUUUUUGUGUGUGUGCUUUCGUUGGCAUUGUUAAUAAUAAAAAUAAUCUGUCAACAAAAAUACGUCACUUUUAAAAAAUAUUAUCACAAUACUCGUCUGAGAUAAGGCUGAUAGUUGUUAAAUUUUUGGAAUUUAAUUUAAAGUUGCCAUUUAUAUAUAUUUUUGCUAUUUUGAAGUUAUAUUUAUACAGAUACACACAUAUAU